GAAGCCACACAGAUGAGCCAGUCAGUGAAGAAACUACAGUCACAAUUUGGGGCGCUAGCACAAAAGGAAUACCAUUUUUUUGACAAGUGUAUUGCCUAUUCCGAUAGCAUUUUAUACAACAUCAGGAACCGUUGGAGUUUCUUCUUCUUGAGUUUGGUGCAGCCUUGUCAAACAACGACAGCUAGCAUCAACAGGAGUGUUGAGAAAUGUGACGUAAUGAGCAGCUUAACGGCCGUCUGCUCCACUGCAACAAACCACCGCUGCCUUUAGUGAGCGUCGUUCUGUCGGUACAGUAGCAUAUUGACGUCCCCACUGUUUGGACUGUUCUCAGAUAUGACUGUACCGUCUGUGUGAUUCGUGUCAGGACUAUGCACGAACAACACGGAUGUUACAAGUCACUACAAGGAACCAAAGGGAGGAUAAACACCGCGUAACAGUCUCCAUCGAGCCAGUGACGGCCAGCUGACAUCACUGUACAACUUCUCCGUUAGCAGCUGAACAAUGGAGGAUGAGGUGUUUGACCAGAUUGUGUCCGUGUUUCACGACCUGGUGGCGUGGAUCGCCGCUGGUGCCAUGGUGUUCGGUGGGGUGGUGCCCUACGUGCCCCAGUACAGAGACAUCCGCCGGACCCAGAACGCAGAGGGCUUCUCCACGUACGUGUGCCUGGUCCUCCUGGUGGCUAACAUCCUACGGAUACUCUUCAGAUUUGGCCGCUACUUCGAGACCCUGCUGCUGUGGCAGAGCAUCAUCAUGAUCGCCACCAUGCUCAUCAUGCUGAACCUGUGCACCAGCGUCCGCACGGCCACUGAACUCAACACCAAGAGGCGCUCCUUCAUAGGUCAGAAACCCUCCGCGGGGGCCUCUUUACAGCGCAGAUAAAGCUUGCUUAUCAGAGUUUAGUUUGGGGAAAUUGCGAGUGUGUGUGAGAGGAUGUGUGAUAGAGCUGCGAUUGUGUGUGAGAGUAUAAACAUAUCCCAGAGUGAGUGUGUGUAGGCAGGUGCAUGUGCGAGUGUUUGCCAGAAAUGUAAAUACGUGUGAAUGGUUGUGCAUUGAGAGUGUUUGAGAAAGGUGUUCAUAGGUCUCCUCGCCUCCCUGUGUGAGUGACCACAGGGCCACUCCUUCAAAUGCUAUGUUUGUUUGUUGAAUAAUCUAGUUAAACCUGCUUCAACACUUGUUGCAGACUACGAGUGAACUUUGCCACGUGUAGGAUGUGUUUGUUAGGCGAUGUUCGAAAAGUAAUUCCCCAAAGCCAGCCUUCUAAACGAAGAAAACUGCAUCGUAAUACUUGUAAAUAAACAGGUAUUUCAUGUAUUAUUGAUUCUUUUUUGUUGCUUUUUAAAAUUUUCAAUUAAUAGAAGAUCCAAAAAUGUUGAUAGAUGCCAAAUAUUAUAUUUGGUUAAAAAUCUGAUCAUUAUGUUCCUAUAAGAAGCAAUUGAGCUACAGAGAAAUACACCAAAGUGUCCCCGGUUCAAAGCCCACGGCCAUGUGCAACAGAGUUCAGUGAAAAGGUAUUCAAUACCCUGUGUUGACACUUUGGAUCCUGAUUUUCUUUAUGUACAUUCGUUUGCUUACAAACAGACAUGGAGCAGCCCUUUGUGGGUUUCUAAGUCAUGUGUUUCAAGCCUGCAUCACGUGUCGUGUGCGGUGCUCCUGCUCCAGGAUUGGAUGCUUCAGCUCCGCUUCCUGUCCUCGUGGCAGUCUGACAAUAUGGGUGGGGGAGACACUUGGAGAAUGAGCGCUAAUGUCCGUUAGGCUCAGUGUCAGAUGACAAAAACAAACAUGAAAUGAAUCCCGUACAGAAAGCAGUUAGACGUCUCCAUUCAAAAAGGAAAAAGCCUGCAGCUGUAGGCCGUUCAGCCAUCUUGGCAACCAGUGUGAGUCAAGACAGAAAUGUCCAGAUACUUCACAGCUGAUUCACAACUAUGCAGUUGAGUUGU